AUGAACAGCCCUGGUAGUCCAGCGGCAACGCCGAGUGGCAAGAAAAAGCCCAAAUCGACCAAAUUUGGAUUUCUCCGCAAUCUGUGGGCGUUUAGUGCCUUUGUGGGAGGCUACUUUGUGGGAUCGCUCGGUUCGGAAGGCAAGGCAUUGCAAGACAUGGUAUCGCAAGUAGCCGGUGGUGCCGUGCCCGUCGUGAACACGGGCGAUGGUAGUGACGACACGAGUGCUGGUCGGAGUUUGAGUAUUCCAUCUAGCACUAGCAAUAGUGUCCGACAAGGCGUCGAUUUGUUGCCAUGGCUCAAAGAUUGUGAAAAACCACAAUCGCCGCGGACAUUGCAAGAAAUGGCAGCUGUCUACAAGCCAUCCAAAUUCUACGCGUAUCUGCACACCAACUUUGACCGUUUUUAUCCACAGUACAUGGAAAAGUACCGCACCAAACACUUUCGCAUGUUGGAAAUUGGACUGGAUACCGGCCAGGGAUCAUUGUUGUGGGAAGAGUACUUUCCGUGUGCCAAAUUAGUGGGAUUAGAGUAUAAUGUCGGUAAUACCAAAAAUGAAGGCGCGUCCAAAAUUCAAACCAUUGUCGGUGAUCAAGGAAAUGCCGAAUUUCUCAAAACCUCCUUUUUGGAGCAAUCCGAAGGCGGCAAUUUUGAUCUCAUUGUCGAUGAUGGAGGACAUCAUUACGAACAGCAACGAACAUCGUACGAAGUACUAUUCGAAAAAGCACUCAAUCCCGGUGGACUCUACGUCAUGGAAGAUAUCGAAACCAGUUAUUGGAAAAAGGGAACCGGUCUCUACGGAUCACCCGUCACACGCGGUGGAUUGGCCGAACCUGCCACGAUUAUCAAUCAAUUCAAACAACUGGUGGAUGUCGUCAAUAAAAAAUUCCACGACAAUACGUACACGGUAUUCGGGCCCGUCGAUCAACUGGUGUCGACGGUCGGAUUUGGAUCCAAUGUCAUUUUUCUCGAAAAGAAGACGCGGGAGCAUUGCUGGAACGAACGACCGUAUGUAUGGCCCGAUCGAUUGGUCGGUCCGGCCAAUCAACAACCACUCGAUGCCAAUAAGGGAUCCAUGAUUGAUAAAUUCUGUCAAGGCAUCAACAUGUAUGUGCGUGAUAACAAGAAUAAACGGCAUAGUGGAUAA